AUGGCGAGGUGGCUCUCGAUCGCCGCCGUCGCGGCGAAUGCCCAGCAGGAGCCGCAGAACCACUGGUUCCUGACUGGACCUAGGCACGGCUGGCCUUGGCAUGUCCUGUUACGCCAGUCGACGCUGACCGGGAGCGUGAGGUUCCCGUCGCCGCCGCGCCUUUUGACGGGCACAAGUGCAAGGCCGAGUGAGCUAGUUGACUGCGAUCACAGGAGCCAAGGCUGCAAAGGUGGAUUAUCCAUCAACGCCUUCAACUAUGUCAGGCAAAAUGGCAUCACAUCGCGGCAGAACUACCCUUAUAACCCUUUUCCGCAGGAGAAUGGUACGUGCUUAGCUAGGACCACACCGUGCAUGAUCAUGAACAUGAUCGGGUGGAGCCGGCUAGAGCCGCAUAAUGAGUAUGAGCUCCUGGCGCAAGUUACCUACGCUCCCGUUGUCGUCGCCAUCUCCAUCGGAGAGAACAACACCGAGUUCGCGGAUUACCCGGGCGACAUGUACUGGGGUAGGUGCACAACUGGGAACGAUCAGGAGCUCUUGCUUGUGGGUUACGGCCCCGACUUCUACAGUCUGAAGAAUUCUUAG